UAAGAAUGGCCUUAAAAUGUCCAUAGGAGUGUCUUGUGCUAUCUGGGAUGUUACCUCAUAAUUAGUAUCACCAUAUUACUAUGGAAGUUUUAUUUAUUUCUAACAAUGGUUACGCGAUGAACGUCGUAAUUCGUGCUCCGAGAAGAUAGCUCAUUGUAGCUGUAAAGAGAAACCGGUUUCCCAAUGGUUCUCCCACGUGGAAGGCGGUUGGUAAAGCGGGGAUAAGUUACAACGGUACAUACUUUCACAUGAUGUGCAUUUCAGUGUUCAAGAGCAAUCUCGUUGCGGACCGAACGAUUGAAUGAAUUCUAGUCCCGCUGAAAUCAAAAUAUCACUAUGUCAGACGAAAAGAAGCGUGAGAAAGAGCAGGACGAAGAGAGAACACAACGUGCCAUGAAGAGACAAAUCAUGAAUCUGAAGAUGAAGAAAGUGCCGAAGAUAAUUCUAUCUUCUGUAGUGGGUCCUCUGAUCCUCUACGGCAUAUUUUUCGUAUAUCUGCGUUAUCAAACGCACUGGAGGUAUCUGAUCGAAAGACCGAUUGUAAUAAAUGAGGCUCGACCGCGAUUCUGGGUCUACGCCAAGAGCAACCACACCGGUUACUUGAAACAUGUGCACGCGGUGCUCCAACGACUCGGCUUCCAGGAGGGCAACAACGAGUCCGACUGGGAUCUGUUGUGGGCCCACGAUUAUCCGUUUCGCGUGUUGUCCGCGAGCUUGAUUAAAUUGCAACAGCACCAGCGAGUCAACCACUUCCCUGGUUGCGGCUACAUCACGAACAAGGUAGACCUGUCGACGUCGCGUGGCGGCCGGUACAUCCCGGCGGCGUUCAAGAUGCCCGAGGACCGGCAAGCCUUCCUCGAUUACGCCAAGUCGAAUCCCGCGAAGCGAUUCGUGCAAAAGUUAAAUGAUCAUCGAGGCAUCCGCAUUUGCAGCAGCGGCGACGCCAAUUUCACCGCCGGCACAUUCGUCCAGGAGUUCAUCGAGCGGCCGUUCCUCGUGGACGGUUACAAGUUUGACUUAGGUGUAUACACCGUCGUCACGUCCGUGGAUCCGCUGCGGGUGUACGUUUACAAGGGCGACGUGCUGUUCCGCUUUUGCCCAGUCGAGUAUUAUCCAUUCGACCCGAAGAUCCUGGACAAGUACGUGGUCGGCGACGAUUAUUUGCCGAUCUGGAACGUGCCAUCUUUGAAGAAAUACUACACCGAACUCGGGUACUCGAUGAAGGAUUCGUUCGACGCGUACGUGAGAGAGCGAGGAAAAAAUCCAGCAGAAAUGUGGGACCGGGUGUACGACGCCAUUCGCGAGGUCGCUCUGAUGAAGGAGGCGCAGAUCAGAGAGGUCUCCAAGCGCUUCGGCAACGGCAGAAAUUUCUUCGAGCUCGUGAGAUUCGACCUGGCCCUCGACGAGGACCUCAACGUCUACACGAUGGAGGCGAACAUGUCGCCAAAUCUGUCCUCUGCCCAUUAUCCUCCGAAUCAGUUGCUCUACGAGCAGGUCAUAUUCAAUACACUCGCACUGGUUGGUAUCGCCAAGAGAACUAGAAAAGAAUCCUUGAGGACAAGAAGUAAAAAAGAGGAUGAGAUGGAAAUAGCCAACAAGAAUAUCGUAGUGUUGCCGGAACUCUGUAAAAAGUGUGACAACGACUGCUUCCGCGUGGAGUGCCAAUUGUGCCGACCGUGCUUCACGUCGGAGACGAAACUCAUUUUGACGCAGAGUUAUCUGGAGCAUCAGAACCGAAUGGACUUUCUGAGAAUUUUUCCGCCGCCAAUAACGAGGGAUAUGACGCUGAAGAACUACACACUCAGAAAUCAAUUACUUGUUAGAUGGUACCAAGGAAAAUGCGAAUUAGACAAGACAUGGUGCAGUUGAUCAUAAUGAAAUCAACAGUAUAUCGCGAAUUCUCUUGUAAUAUUUAUUUCCAAUAUAUAAAACUGUAUAUAUAUUGUAUAAACAAGUAGGAACACAGUAUGAAAAUAGUUUAACAUGUACAUGUAAAGUAAUAAUAUGUGGACAUUGAAUUUAAUGAUAUUAGGCCGUCUUAUUUGUACAUUAUAUAUUUAGAAUUUAAAAAACCACAAAGAGAUUUAUUGCUAUAAAAUAUGCUGGAGCAGCGUAUUACGCGAUGACUAAGAACAUAUUUUGUACUUGUGUAAUAUACCAGAUGUAUAAAAAUUAAUGUUUAACGUGAGUUCAGAAUUAAAAAGAAACGGAAAGAUUAUUUGCUCUCCGCUGACAAA